ACAGAGCCGCGAAGAAGAAGAAGAAGAUGGUAGAAAUGGAACCAACCAAACCAAUUACAAUUCUCCACUUUAUAAACACACUUGCUUUUCACUAAUGGCGCUUUCUCGAAUCUCCCUUUGAUUUUCCCCUUCCAUUCUUCCACCCCAUUUCCCCUUCUUUCCCGUUUUCUCUCUCUCUCAUAGUUUCUCUCUACAAUUUACACAGUCAAAUCCUUUGUUCCCUAGCUGCUACAGUCCCACAGGCCCUUUGUUGCCUUGUUUCAGAGAACCCCAUUCACCCAUUUUCGAGAAAGGGCUAAUUAUGCCGUCCGGUGUCAAGAAGCGAAAAGCAGCGAGGAAAAAGAAGGAAAAGGAGGCUAAAAUCGAUUCAUCAAUAAACGAGGAAUUUAAAAGUCAGAACGGGAGCAACUUUGAGAGUAGGGAGGUCAAUGCUAAUUAUGAUCGGCACAAUUGUCACAAUCCGCUUGAUGGGAGCAAUGGCAAAGUGGUGGAAAAUAUUUAUGAUGCAUCACCUGUUUUGUCUACUGUGGAUGAGGACAAAUCUCUGGGUACGGAAAUUCAAGGAAACAAUGAGGUUGUCCAUGAAUUUGGAUUUGAUGGUAAUGGUGCUGUUGAAGUUGAAAAGGAACUAACAUCAGCAAAGAACAAUGCUUGUCAAAGCAUCAGCAUUGAGUAUGUUGAAGGGAAGAAAUAUGAUGAAAGGGAAGAUGAGAAUUCUAGUUGUAGUUCAGCUGAGGAGUGUAGUAUUACUGACAAGAAAACUAAAGCCUAUAUGUCAUCUUAUAAAACAAAUGUUUGCAAUAAUAAUCCAGAUGAAUCUUCAACUCCCAUCAUUGGGAUAAAUGAAUCUGCAUCAGCUGGGGAGUGCACCAACUUGUUGGUUGAAACUACUCAGGUUCCUGAUUCAGUUAAAUAUGAGGUUCCUGUGCCUACAGAGAAAAUUUGCCCCGUGAAAGUUGCAGCUGGUGAGAAUUUAGUGGUUUCUGAAACUGCUAAAUCAGGGUUGAAGGAAAAUGCAAAUACUUUGUUGUCUAAACAAUGUGAUGGAACUAGAGUGGUGUCAUUAACUAAUCCUGAUUCAGUACCAAAAGAAAAUAAGGACAAAGUUUUAUCUGAAGAAAUGAAGAAUCAUCACAUGUCUUCAAAUAUGAUGGAACAAGAGUUCAAAUAUCUGGAAGGAAAGCAGUUUCUUUCAUCAGUUUCUCCUGCUGUUGGUGCUACUAAAAAUGAUGCCAUUACCAAGGAUUCAGAGAUUCCAAUAUGUCCUACAAAGCAGAAUUCAGCUGCAGCUCCAAUAGUGGCACAAAGGACUUUUAUAUUUACUUGUUGUGGAUUGUUUGAUUUGCUGAAAGGCUCCGAUUAAUAAAUUCAGUAAGCUGGAGCUGACAGUACUUUGAACAGUUCUAAUAUAGAAGCAAACCGCCCAGGAGAGUUUCAGUGCACUGAUGAAAUUAUCUAAGAAACAUCAAGCAAGCCUUUUGAUAUAUUUGAAACUUCUGGUAUUUCUCUCAGAUUUAUAGCUAUCAUGUGAUGUUUAACUUCCUAAGAUGAGACCUGUGUUGAUGGUAAUUUCAUAAUUACCAGGCAGCUUAAUUUACUAUACUUACCCUAUAUUACAUGUACGAUCAUGUAAACUAGUUCAGUUUACUUGAAUUUGACUGAAUGAACGGCAUUUGGACAAGUUAAGCA